UUUGCCACAAAGGCAACAAACAGAAAGACCGAAUUACCCCACAAAGUGGACUCCCCGUUAGGGAUGCCCACAGAGUUCAGAGCCCUUUCUUGAUGAAGAUUCCAUGAUUUCUGUUACAUACCCGAAUAAAUCGUCUGUCUUACCUUUUCUUGAAUUGAAAAUUGACAGUAAACCGUAUGUUUUCCUUUUGGACACUGGUGCCUCACGGUCAUCUUUGUCCGGUAAAGUAUACGAGGGCUCUAUUACAGGGAAAACUAUUAACUCUGUGGGAAUUUCUGCUGUCCCUGUACGUUGUGAAAUGACACCAACUUUAUCGGUAACUUCUAAAGACAAUCCUUCUUUGUUUAAGAUGCACGCAUUUGCAAUAAUACCUGAUGCUCCAUUUUGCCUUUUAGGUAGAGAUUUGCUGCAUAAAUUGGGUGCUCAUAUUACAUUUCAGAAUAAUUCUCUGCAACUCAUGUUUCCUUCUGUCUAUUCUCUGACUGUUGAGACAGGAAGUGCGACCACUGAGGCUGAGGCUGCAACUGCAGCCUUACCGGAAAAAGGGGAUGUCAACCCUCGCUUGUGGGCGGAGCAUAAGGAUGAUGCGGGCCUCAUAGAUGUCCGCCCUUAUGCGGCUACUCUGACCAGACACACACCAGUUUAUUGUAAACAAUACCCUCUCUCCAAAGAAAAAAUCGAUGGGAUUCGGCCUAUUAUAGAAAAUUUGCUGGCACAAGGCAUUCUGAACAAGACUCACUCACCCUACAAUACACCGAUCAAUCCAAUAAGAAAAGCGAAUGGUUCCUGGCGAUUGACACAGGAUCUUAGAAAGAUUAAUGACAUAAUUAAACCAUUGGCUCCUAUUGUACCUGAUGUGCACACAAUCACAGUUAUUGAUCUAUGCUCUGCAUUCUUUUCCAUUCCUGUAGAUCCUGUCUCGCAGCCGCUGUUCGCCUUCACCUUUGACCACGCUCAACUUAGCUGGUCUAGACUGCCUCAGGGCCCGAGAGAUUCGCCGGCUGUGUUCGCCGCCGUAGUGCACGCAACAGAAGCCGACUCAUUCUUUUGCUCCAGGCCAACAGGUGUUGAUAAAGUGCCUGAAACCUCCAAAGCUCGGAGAGCCAAAAUAUCUUGGACCUGCGACUGUCAUCGCUGUGACGCGGACAGGGGUGCUGACUGA